AUGAGAUUGCUCUUUGGUUUUCUAUGUGUGCUGCUUGCGGCAGGACAGAUGGCAAGAUGUAUAGAUGUGGGGAACGAAGAGAUGCUGGAGGGUCUGAGCAAGGCUGUGGGCCGCGUGCGUGGGGAAGACGUGUAUGUGAGCCCAGAGUGGGUGGGGCACCCGGUGUGUGUAGCGAAGCUAGGGUGGCUGGGAUACGUGCACAACAUGCGGAGGUACUCGUGCGGGCUGGACACGAGCUUCAGCCUGGUGCCGAGCGGGCAAGUGGACAAAUACAGAGAAGAGGUGCAUACGUACACCCGAGAGCCGGAGAAGGACAGGGCACACCUUCCUGAUGGCAUUGCCAGCACUGUAUUACUUGCAGGAGACGAAGAAUACAGCGUGAAGUUCCAUCAAGCGCUUGUGUAUAUGUUCGGGCUGACCGCGGAUGAACAGUUGUCGGUUGAAACUGGGCGGCCGUGCUCGUUUACAGAGUUUCUUCGAGAGAGCUGCAGAACAAAAAAAGAGGCACACUAUGUGCUGGCUGCGCUGGUUCUGCUGAGCGAAGGCGUUGACGCGCCGAUUCGGACUUCUGGGAACCGAGUGAUUAUAAAAAAAAGAAAAGACAGCGAGGACGUGCUGGUGAACGCGUGCGUGCCAGCCGUGGAGAGUGGAGAAAGGCAGCCAUCCGAGACGUGGCAUGUGGUGAGCUUCUUCAAGCGGUACAGAGGCAUAUACAGACUGCCACGCACAUACGAAGAGUUUAAAACGGGAGACUUUCUGGAGAGCCCGCAGCUCCUUAUUCUCACGUACAUAGGCGAGUACGUAGGCAAUGCGGAGGAGCUUAUGUCUGUGAUGGAGUGCAUGUUUGCGCUUGUGGAGGGCAUGGGCCUGGCAGAAAGCCUAAAAGACGCGAACAGCAUGGCCGGGCGGCUGUUUGUGCCUGCGAGUCGUCUGCCCGAGGCCCAGGCGCAUCUCGCGCCGUUUCUAGAGGGGCUUUCUGCUCUAGCAGCCUUGGAGCACUUGGAAGAGUUUGACUGCCUUCAAAGAGAAGCCAAAUAUGCGACCCGAAUUGACAGAGCCUCAGACGGGAAGAAGGAGUACUUUGACGACUGCGGCACAAACUGCAGGUUUCUUGGCGCGUGUCUGCUAUUGCCGUGCCUGGCAUACGACCCGGAGAAGAGCGCGUACCGCCUGGAGGGCCUGCUGGCCGGGGCCGAGGAAACAAAAGAGGUGGCCAAAACCAGGGCGUUUUUUGAGGCGGUGCAGAAGAGCAUAGAAGAGAGCUGUUUUUUGGGCUGGUCCAGUGAAGACCAAGCGCAAAAAUACAGGAGGCUGUGGCUCAUGGUGCAUGCGCAGUUUGUAGAGGCGCUGGGGAGUUUGAAGCCAACGUUUCUAAACCAGAUGCGCGUGCUUGCGCAGAUGACCGGGCGGCCGCAGGCCGUGGUGGACGAGCUGGCAGCGCACCUGGCAGCCAUGAAUGCUGAAGGAAGCACAGGGUUGAAGCCUAAGGCGAUCGAGUGCGUUCGGGCGCUGCUGCACUCGAUAGCGGUAAACAAAGGUGUGGAGGUGUGGGUUAGAGAGAGCUGCGGUUCCUUUAUAAGCGAAAAACGCAUGCUUACAAUAAAUCAUGUGCCUGAAUGCACCAACGUAUGUGAAAUGACGGUGGUGUUCACACAAGAAGAGUCUUGGGUGACAAAUCUAAAUCUGCCACGCCGAACUCUCUCUAGCAGAGAGAAGAAUGUAUUAGGCAUGGCGAUCGCACAGUACAGGAAGGAAGCGCUGUUUUCGGGUUUUGUGCUUGCGGAGUGCAUGCACCGAAUGGCGGCUGCGAAGAACACUUUAAACUUUCCAAGCACAACAAUCGAAGAUGUGCAGGAAGCUGCGCGGUGGGCAGUUGAGUGCAGCCCGGCCCGGCCGACCGGCGUGCUUAUGGUGCUGCCAGUGGUGGGCAUGUGCUUCAGGGAGGGGCUUGUCACAGCGCUGGUGCUGUAUGCAGAGCAGAAGAAGAGUGCGCUGACGCUGGCACACCCAGUAGGCCGGCUGGUUGCGAACAUGAUAGGGAGCAUUGACCUUGGCAACUUGAUGAACCGGCGUUAUAUCCUGAAAGUGCCUGCAGUCGUCAGCACUCUGCGGGCGCUGUGCCCUGCGCUGCAGCUGUCCGAACAGUCGCGACGGGAACUUUGGAACUCACACCUGCAUAAUAUGCAUUUCGGGCUAUAUCCCUUCGAAAAGGCCGAUCGGGUUAUACGAGAAAUCCUUAUGUGGUAUUUUCGAGCGUACGCAGAGAAACAAAAUGAGCCGCUGUUCAAGUGUAAGCUGCUGCAUGGGCAUGCAAAUAUAGAAAAGAAUAGUGUGGGCCUGUUUGCAACGGACCCGCUGGCAUUCCUAGAAGAAGUGUGUGCGCUUGUUCUAGCGGAUAACGCGGGAGAAGACCUGGUGACGGCCAAGGCCCUGGCCAAUGCGCUGCGGCUGUCCUGGCUGGCGCUUCUUUUGAAGAGAGGCUUUGAGGAGAAUCGAGACGCAAUUAUUGAGAUUUACAAGACUGUUAAGCCAGGGCAUCUUGAAAAAGAGCUUAGAAGGCUUUGCGAUUUUUGGCUUAACGUAAAUCUAGAAUAUACACUAGGCAGCCUGGAUAGAGCAAGGAAUGUUCUUGUGAGGGAAGGCGGUUACGCAAAGUUUGAAGCGCUGUAUGAACUCUACUGCCAAGUAUGCAUUAGAUUCCGGGGUUGA